AACCUAAAUAUAUUUAUACCUAAAAUUUUUUCCUGUGUACUAUAAUUUUUCCACAGGCAGUGGCCCACCGAUUUAUAAUUAUUUAUUUAUACCCUUAAGCCCUCUUUCCUUCUAUUUCGGUAUUUAUUAUUACUAAUCCCUCUUUCCUUGCAUUUCUGCUUCUAUAAUCUUCUCUGAUUGUUUUUUCUUUCCAUAACUUCCAAAACAACCGAUUCAAGAAUUGCCUGCUACUUAGAUUCUCUGUUGAACCUAACCUCUCUGUUCGUUAUCCAUUCCUUCUAGAUCUGUUUCAGUAUUUUUCUAUAUCGAUAAUAUGGCUAUGGAACCAAGCUUCUACGAACAUGAGGUACACUUUGAAUCUGACGAAGAUGUUACACUUAAGCAGAAAUGGAAAUCCAUCACAACCCCAACAGGCAUCUCAGAUGUGGAUGGAGAUUGUUUUGAUUGCAACAUAUGCUUGGACUCACCACAUGAUCCUGUUAUCACUCUUUGUGGUCACCUGUAUUGCUGGCCAUGCAUUUACAAGUGGCUGCAUGUUAAAACUUCUGCCGCAGAUGCUUAUGAGCAGCAGCCAAGAAGCUGCCCUGUUUGUAAGGCUAACAUUUCCCCAAAUUCAUUGGUGCCCCUUUAUGGUCGUGGUAAAUCCCGAACCAAUCUAGAAUCGAAGAACGCUUUUCCAGAUGUAGUCAUACCCCAUAGGCCACCUCCUGCAUUGAAUACAUUGAUUAGUAACACUUCGCAACAGAGUCAGCAACUUCAUCCAAAUUUCUUUCAGUCACAGCCACAACCACAGUCCUUUCAUCACCAGCAAUAUUUCCCUAACUCAUAUGGAGGAUAUGGGGCUAUGGCCUCAUCAAAUCUUGGUGGUGCGGCAAUGAGACAAAUUUUCAAUCCCAUCAUUGGGAUGUUUGGAGAGAUGAUGUUUGCAAGAAUUUUUGGGACAUCAGACACGAGUUUGUUUGCUUAUUCCUAUCCAAAUUCUGACCAUCUGAUGAGAAGUUAUCGUCAUAGAAUGAGGAGGCAGGAGAUGCAGCUUGAAAAGUCUCUAAAUAGGGUGACGAUCUUUCUUUUUUGUUGCAUUAUAUUGUGUCUUCUAUUGUUCUGAUUAUAUUAGUUUUCAGCUUUUGUAUAUUUGUAUAGAGUAUUGCAUAGAAGCAAUUAAAAUAUUCACAGGGACAUAGAUGCGAUUAGAAAUUUUGCUGGGAACUCAGGUUGUGAGAUUUCCCUUGGGCAUUUUUGCAUGUAAAUUAAUAUUCUUUACACACAAUAUCCAUUAUUGCUAAUUAGUUUUAUUGAGCUCUAUUGUUGAAGUC